GAGAUGAGAAGAUUGUGGUUCUCUGAAAAGGGCAACCUCCGUCUGGCAACUCAAUGACCAUUGAUGAGUUGCUACAACUCGGUUUUGUUUUCGCAUCGGCUUACCGAGGUCAGGUUGUGAUCCCUGGACGCAAUCCAGGUUCCUUGACUUCGUAUCUAGACACCGUUACGCUCAGGCUGACCACCAACUGUCUUGAUGUCACUUCUCGAGUGAUCUCGCUGUCUUCUCGAUUAAUCAAUCCGUAGACGAAAAGAACAUCUCGAAUGACCUUACAGCAUGGCCCCUAGCUCGUAUAACACGCCUUUUCCAGGCAUACCAUACUUUACACCGGCACACCAAUUCUCUCCAGGGACACCUUUCGACAAGAAUGCCAAAGUGCCGACACUAUUCAAGCCUCUCACGAUCCGCGGCGUCACGCUCCGUAACCGCAUUGUGGUGGCGCCCAUGUGCCAGUACUCCACGGCCGAGGCAGGACCACAAAUCGGUGCCCUCACGCCGUAUCAUCAUGCGACAUUAGGCCAUUAUGCGCUGAAAGGCGCUGCCUUGGUCUUCAUCGAGGCUUCUGGAGUACAGCCAAAUGGACGCAUAACCCCCAACUGCCCAGGCGUGUGGUCAGACAGCCAGAUUGAUGGCGUCAAGUCUGUUGCCGACUUCAUUCACAGCCAAGGCGCUCUAUGUGGAUUGCAACUAGCCCAUGCAGGCCGCAAAGGGAGCACGAUGCCACCUUUCAUCGCUGCGGGGAAGAAGGCUGCAAGCGUGCGCGCCUCGAAAGAGGCUGGUGGCUGGCCUGAUAACGUGGUCGGCCCAUCCGGUGGCGAGGAAUUCACGUGGGAUGGCAUGAACAGUGCUGACCCCAAAGGCGGGUAUUAUGCACCCCGAGAAUUGACUGUCGAGGACAUUCAGCAACUGGUGCAAGACUGGGCAUCCGCAGCUGUGCGCGGUGUUCGAGCGGGAGUCGACCUGCUCGAAAUCCAUGGAGCCCACGGCUACCUGAUUCACCAAUUUCUGAGCCCGAUCACCAAUCGGCGCACAGACAAGUAUGGAGGGUCUUUUGAAAACCGAACACGACUGGUCAUCGAGAUCAUCCAAGCCGUUCGCAAAGUCAUUCCCGUCAGCAUGCCGCUAUUUCUCCGGCUCAGCUCUACGGAGUGGAUGGAAGAGAGUGAGAUUGGCAAGAGACUGGGCAGUUGGGAUGUAGAAAGCACCAUCAAGCUCACCAAGAUUGUUGCAGACUUGGGAGUCGACUUGCUCGAUGUAUCGUCGGGUGGGAACCAUCACCAGCAGCGCAUCAACAUGUUCCGAUCGACAGAUUAUCAGGUCAAAAUUGCCGCACAAAUUCGCAGUGCUGUCAAGGCUGCAAAGAAGGAAAUUUUGAUAGGAGCCGUGGGCUUGAUCACUGAAGCAGAGCAGGCCCGUGACAUUGUCGAAGAGGAUGCAGCCAGUCUCCAAGCCGAAGCGGAAACUGCCAAAGCCAUGACAGAUGCGAGUGCCGACAAGGAGCCAAUGGCAGAUGUCAUUUUGGUGGCAAGACAAUUCAUGCGAGAGCCCGAGUGGGUGUUGAAAGUUGCGUGGCGUCUGAGAGUUGAUAUCGCGUGGCCGACACAAUUCUUGCGAGUGCGAUUUCCAAAGCUAUAG